CAGCGGCGGGGCGGGCGGAGCGGCGGGGCUCGCAGGGAGCGGCCGGGGCGGCGGCGCCUCCUCCUCUCCGGCUAUGGCUGUAAAAGAUCCUACAGCUGUAGAGAGGGCAAAUUUACUGAACAUGGCUAAAUUAAGUAUCAAAGGACUCAUUGAAUCAGCUUUGAGCUUUGGCCGCACUCUGGAUUCUGACUACCCUCCUUUGCAGCAGUUCUUUGUUGUCAUGGAACACUGCCUGAAGCAUGGCCUUAAAGUAAGAAAAUCCUUUCUAAGCUACAAUAAAACCAUCUGGGGUCCUCUGGAACUUGUGGAGAAAUUAUAUCCAGAAGCUGAGGAAAUAGCAGCAAGUGUCAGAGAUUUGCCUGGCCUCAAAACACCACUGGGCCGUGCCCGGGCCUGGUUACGGUUGGCACUAAUGCAGAAGAAAAUGGCUGACUAUCUUCGCUGUUUAAUCAUUCAGAGAGAUCUUCUCAGUGAGUUUUAUGAGUAUCAUGCGCUAAUGAUGGAGGAAGAAGGAGCAGUUAUUGUUGGAUUGUUAGUUGGGUUGAAUGUAAUAGACGCUAACCUGUGUGUAAAGGGCGAAGACCUAGAUUCACAAGUUGGGGUGAUCGAUUUCUCCAUGUAUUUAAAGAGUGAUGAUGACAUUGGGGGAAAGGAGAGAAAUGUUCAGAUUGCUGCAAUUUUGGACCAAAAGAAUUAUGUUGAAGAACUAAACAGACAACUGAAUAGCACAGUUAGCAGUCUACAUGCAAGAGUUGAUUCAUUAGAGAAAUCAAAUACUAAACUGAUUGAAGAGUUAGCAAUAGCCAAAAACAAUAUAAUUAAACUUCAGGAAGAAAACCAUCAAUUAAGGAGUGAAAAUACUCUGAUUUUAAUGAAAACACAGCAUCAUCUAGAGGUAACUAAAGUGGAUGUUGAAGCAGAACUUCAGACAUACAAACACUCCAGGCAGGGUUUAGAUGAAAUGUACAAUGAAGCACGUAGACAGCUUCGAGAAGAAUCACAGCUUCGACAAGAUAUGGAGAAUGAGCUAGUAGUUCAAGUUAGCAUGAAACAUGAGAUAGAACUUGCCAUGAAGUUACUGGAGAAGGACAUCCAUGAGAAGCAGGAUACACUCAUAGGCCUUCGACAGCAGCUUGAUGAAGUUAAAGCGAUUAACAUGGAAAUGUACCAAAAGCUGCAGGUCUCUGAAGAUGCUAUGAAAGAAAAGAAUGAAAUAAUUGGUCGCUUAGAGGAUAAGACCAAUCAAAUUAAUGCAACUAUGAAACAACUAGAACAAAGUGACAAAGAUCUGUUAACUCAAACUAGGACUAUUGCAAUGUCAUUCGUCAAAUGUGCCAGCCAUGAAGCUCAGCACCAGUAUAAACUUGUCAAAGAUAUAUCAUUCUGAAAGCUCCUCCUGAUCUGUUGUGUUUAAAUAAUUACUGAUAAAAUACAACUUAAGCAUUGUAAAAUAACAAUUUUACAUAUAAAGUGGUAUUAGAAAUCCUGCACUAUAACUGAUCAUAGCUGGGUUCUAUUUCGUUUUCUGAAAGAACAUCAUCUCUGAUCUCACUUUGCCCCUCUUUGAAAAAAAAAGAGAGAGAGAAAGUAAAUUAUUGCACUAUUAUUAAGCAAAUGUAAGAUAGUUUUCUAAUGCUAUUUAAUCACUUCUUAAUUGUGAAAGUUUAUUUUAAAAGGUUAGCUAUCUUCAUUUUGACUGUACGUAUUUAUGACAUUUGUUGCUAAUCUAGCCAUUUUCCUGUUGUUUGCAGUACUAAAAGAUUUAAAAAGUAGCCCUUCUGACUAAUAUUUCCCUUCUCCCCUGCUUCUUUCUUUCACUUUUAGGCUGUAUUUAUCCCAAAAGCAUGCUCUCUGAUUUUUUUUUUUGGUUGUAACUAGCACUGUUUUCUUGAACAGCAUGAGCAGGAGAUUUGGGGAAGGGGGGUGAGUGCUGUUUCAGAAUAGUAUGUUUAAAAAAGGGGGGACGUGUAAAAAUAUAUGUUGAGUACAUACAGUUGACGAAUUUGAGGGUUUGGGGAUAAAACAGCUAAAGCACAAUUCCAUUCUGCUGAUGUGACAGAGGGUAAAACAUUUUCACAGAGGUACAUUGUGUUUGGAGCCUGGACUUAGGCAGGGCUCCAGAAAGGGAGGGCAGCGUGCUCCAGCACAUUUUGUAGCUGUAGCUCCUGCCGAGGAUAGCUACAGUGGAAGCUGUAGCAGUAGAUAGGAUUUACAUUUCAGACACAGAUCCUGAACUUGUCUAACUUGUUUUUAAGCUGAGUUUCUUGCAGGUCGUUGUAAUCCUAACCUGUGGUUUUGCCCAACCCCUUUUCCCUCUCUCCACCCGUCACUAGGCAGUCUUUACAAAUCAUAUCUCUGCUUUGAGUUGCUGCUUGCCUGCACUGCUGAAAUAAGGGAGUUCUAGCUGCUGACUGCCCUUCGUGCUCUUCUCGCUGUUUCCCCUGAAGUGUGGAAGGGGAGUUGACUGGGAAAAGAAUCAGCAGGAGGGAAUGUGUUUGCAGAAGUGGGGGCAAGACACCAUAAUUCAAGAAGGGUUUCUUACUUUGUGAUUAUAUAUCUUAUUCCUUGGUUUGGAACCAGCAAGAGCCUUUAAAGUGAGCUGGCUACUAAAAAAAAAAAAAAAAAUCUUCCAUCCUUGAAGAAAACCCAAAACAGAAACAAUGAAGAAACCCAAAACAGAAACAAUGAAGAAACAAGGUAGACCAUAGCAGAAAUGGGAGCAUUAACGAUCUCAUAGUCAAUUAAUGUGAACAAGUAUCUGCCUCAGUAUCAUCUGAAUCUCAAAUCCUGCUGUGAACUCAGUCAAACUCAGCAUUUGUCUGAAUUACAGCUGUGCUGUUGGCCUUGGUGCUAGUCUAGAGGAUGGUGCUGUAGCCUGGGUUGGCUAGCAUGUUUCUUGGGUUACAAGCUGCCUUUCUACCUUGGCUGUGGAAACUGCAUGGCAGUUUAAUUUGUAAUUUAGAGAGGGUUUUAACUUGCCAUGUCUUUUCCUGUCUUGUGUAACUUGAUUCGGUCUUUUGCCCAGUAAAUUGACCCUGCUUUUUCCAAGUAUUCUCCGUUCCACGCAUCUGCUUUGGCCCCUCUGUGCACUACCUCUGCAAAUGUGACAGGGAACACACUUACAACAACUGGUAUAGUUGAGUGAGAUAGUACAUACUUCAGAAAGUAUUUUAGUUCCAGUCUUUUAUCACUUGUUUACUGGUAGCUUUUGGAAAUUCCCACUGGUGCAACUUCAUCAGUGGAAGCACAAAUGUAGAUGUAUUGUUGACUUAAUUUCUUUUUAGCUGGGAGAUGAGAGUUACUCUUCAUUCAGCUAGAGAAUUGUCAAAUAAAGCACAGCAAGAGAGUUAUCACAGAUUUCUUCCACCUCUUACCUGAGCUGGCACUUGAAACAUGUUUGUUAAACCAGACGCAGCAGGUGGGGGCAUUCAGUGGUAUUUUACAGGCCUUUUUACUCUCCUGCCUUUUCAUCAAGACAGGUGUAGCCACAAUAGCACAAGUUCCAUCUCGACACCUUUAUUUUUGGUUACGUUACAUCCAUCUUUUUUUUGGACUUGCAGAGGUGGUCAAGCAGAGAGGAACCACAAGGAGCUAAUGGAUUCCAAGGGGAGCUGUAGCUGAAGCAGAAACAAACCCCUAGAAUUCAGAAAGGAAAGAUUAAAUUCAAAAGAACAACAAUCCCUCCCUUCAUGAUUAAUCAGUUUUAUUUAUUUUGUCUGUAGUAUGGAGCUAUUUAAACCACUGUAAGAAUGUAUUAUUUUUAAUACAGAUUAUUUAAGUUAAUUACUAAUGUGAUGUAGUUGAGAUAGUUCUCUAAAUGUAGUAGGACCUGUCAGGGUGUGUCUCGUAUUAGGCUAGUUAAGUGUUUUGCUGUCUGAUUGCAGUGCUCUGUAUUCAGCCUUAUGCUUGAAUUGUUUUAAGCUGCUUUUGCACAACACAUGUUCUGCCCUCUCUUAAUGGGUGAUUAGUACAAGCCAAGUACUUUUGCAGGGUUUAUUUUAAAAAAGAUGAGAAAAAAGGAAAAAAAAAGCUUCUAAAAAUAACACAGGAACAUUAUACUAGAGUAAAAAAAACAAAACAUAAAGGUAUAUGCUUCAAUUCUAAAAUGUAUCAUCAUGCUUUGGCAUCUGUUAUUGAUGAGCAUAAAAUAAAAAAACUGAUUACUUACA